AUGUCGGGCUGGUCGGAGUUGCCACCGGAUAUUAUCCAUGCGAUCUCCUUGCAAAUCGACAAUCCUUUUAGUCUGAUCCACUUUCGGUCAGUUUGUUGCUCUUGGCGAUCUUUUAGUAUCCUCAAAUUCCGACCAAUGACACCGCUUAAAUGCCCUCUUCCCCUCGAUUCAGGAGGUUGUGGUGAUGAUUGCCAUAUCUUGAACAGCUGUGUUUACCUCAUCAAGUCUCCUAAUAGCAGCCCUAAACCCAAAUACUGGUUGUUUAAACUAGGCGAGAGCGAGAAUGGAGAAAUUGUUCUAUAUAGUUUGUUCUUAAGAAGAAACUAUUCUGAGGACAAAUGCUUGCAUCCGAAGCUUUCACUUAACUUGCUCAACUGCCAAAUCUUCGUGCUAGUGCAAGAACACCUUGCUUGUUUCAGUCAAUGUCUCUUCGAGUUGAACAUCAACUGUGUAGACCCUAUCGGCUCUAUGGGAUUAGACAGAAAGAACAACAAGUUUGCUAUUCUUGGGAAGCUCUCCUUUGAGGGUCUCGCCAUGUAUAGGUCAGUCGACGAGUGUUGGACUGAGCUUGAGAUAAAAACUGAUUCAUUUCCCCAAGGAAUAGUUGCAUAUAAAGGUAAGUUCUAUGCCAUAGAUCGCAUCGGGAGAACAAUAGUGCUUUUAAAGUCAGCGGACAAACUCCUUCUUGUGGAGGUGUACAUAGAAUGGGGAUAUGAUUUGUACGAGGACAAGAUAUGGUUUGAAAUCUCAAAACUAGAUGAAAAGAGAAACGAAUGGGAUCAAGUUGAAGAUUUAGAAGAUCAUGUGUUGUUUCUGGACUAUCUUUGCUCCUUCUCGUGCUUAGCUUCUGAGAUUCCGGGGUUUAGAGCCAACUCUAUAGUCUUCUUGGACACGUGGGAUACAUCUGACGACUUAGAUUUACAUGAAAGAAUUCUUGUGUUUGAAUUCAGUGAGCAUGGCGUUAGAUCUUUAAAAGAUAUACCAGAGUAUGCUGAGCUGUUUGGAACUCCCCCAGGUUGGCUUGGACUAGACGGCAAGCAAGAAUGUCAACACAUUUCUUCAACCCCAAGAAAACAAACAGAGAAAGAAAAACGAGUUAAAAGAGAAGAAGGAUCUAUUCCCAAGAAGAAGAAGAAGGAAAUGCCCGGAUGGUCGGAGUUGCCACCGGAGAUCAUCCACAUGAUCUCUCUGAGAAUUGACAACCCUUUCGAUCUGACCCAUUUUCGAUCGGUAUGUUCAUGGUGGCGAUCAUGCAGUCUUCAAACGUUCGGACCAAUUCCAUCACUUAGAUGUCCUCUUCCCCAAGAUGCUGGUGGUUGUGGAGAUGAUUGCCAUAUCUUAAGGAGCCGUGUUUAUCUUGUCACAUCUCUUUCUCACGAUCCUCCCCGAUUCUGGUUGUUUAAACUACAAGAAGAGGAGAAUGGAGUACUUGCUCUCCAAUCUUUUCUCAAUAGAAGAACCUCCUCUCAUCGAGGAGUUUCAUAUCCAAGCUUGUUAAUUGACUGGCUCAACUCUCAAGUCAUUGAGCUAGUUCAAGAACAUGUCGCUUGUUACACCAAUUGGUGGGAUGGCGACCCUUAUAAACGUGAACAACCUAUCGGUUUUAUGCGGUUAGAUGAAAAGAACAAUGAAUUCUUGGUUUUAGGAAGGCUGUCUUUCCAAGGUCUUGGCGUGUAUAGAUCAUUAGAGGAUCGUUGGACCGAGAUCGAGACGACAUCUGGUCCUUUUCCAGAUGGGAUUACGUCGUUUAACGGACAAUUUUAUGUCAUUGAUACUGUUGGAGUCACGAAAGUGGUGACGCCAACUCUAGAGUUGUAUUCGUUUCAGCAAUCAAGGCCUUGCGAUAAGACAAGGAGACGUUGGUUUGUCAAGGCUGAGGAUAAACUCUUAUUAGUAGAGAUGUGCACCGAUAACAUACAAGAGUAUCAGAGACCCCAUCUCCUAGCGAAAAAAGGAUGGUUCAUAGUAUCGGAGUUAAACGAGGAGGGAAACGAUUGGAUUCAAACAGAAGAUGCGGGUGAUCGCAUCUUGUUUCUAGACAACAAUUGCUCCUUCUCUUGCUUUCCUAAUCAGGUUCCUGGUUUCAGACCCAACUCUAUAAUCUUCAAGGAUAUAUUUGGACAUUAUGGACCUCAGGUGUUUGAAUUUGGUUCUCAAGGAUUUAGAUCUGUUGGAGAGAUCCCUGAGUAUUGUCUGUUUUUCCCAUCUCCCUCAUGGAUAUCCAACGUGUAUUACGUAUUGGGCAGCGAGGCCCAUGAUGUACUUAGCGAUUCGGAUUAG